CAAAGCCACACCCAGACAUAGCUGGUCCUCUUGUUAUAUAUAAAGACAAACACUGCCUACUUUCACAAUCACUCUUGGACUCAUAAAUCAUGGGUACGAUCUACCCCAACACAACAACUGAGAACUACAAUUACAGCUACGAUGACUAUUACUUCGACCUCUUCGAAUUAAUUCCCUGCGACAAUAUCAACAUAAAGGCCUUCAGCAGAGUCUUCCUCCCUACACUCUACAGCAUCGUCUUCAUCGUGGGGUUCAUCGGCAACGGCUUGGUGUUGUGUGUCCUGGUCAAGUUCAGCAAAAGGUCCAACAUGUCAGAUGUGUGUCUCUUCAACCUGGCGCUUUCAGACCUCCUCUUCCUUCUCUCGUUACCUUUCUGGGCUCAUUACGCCCUCACCAGUCAGUGGACCUUCGGGAGCUUCAUGUGCCGUACAGUGACGGCGUUCUACACGCUGGGAUUCUAUGGAAGCAUCUUCAUCAUGAUCCUCAUGACUGUAGACCGCUAUGCUGUCAUUGUCCAUGCCCAGCCCUCCCUGUUCUCUAAGAACCGGUCUGUCAGAGCUAGCAUAGUCCUGAUUUUGUUUAUGUGGACACUUAGCCUGGGAGCUUCUCUGCCCACCGUCAUUUGGGCACAAGUGAACAAUAAAUCAGAAGUAUGGUCAUGCAGUGUGGAAUAUCCAGAAGGAACAGAGUGGAGGUGUUUUUCUUACAUCGAGCUUAAUGUCCUCAGCCUGAUUAUUCCUCUGUCAGUGAUGGUGUUCUGCUACUCACGCAUCAUCCCUAUCUUAAUGACCAUGAAGUCUCAGAAGAAACACAGAGCUGUCAGGCUCAUGCUGGUCUUGGUCAGUGUUUUCUUCCUCUUCUGGACACCUUACAACAUCGUCAUCUUCCUGAAGUUCCUGCAUCAUUUGGGUUACAUGAGCACUUGUAAGUGGUAUCAGGACCUGACCAUGGCUAUGCAGUGGGUGGAAACCAUAGCGUUCUGUCACUGCUGCAUCAACCCCAUCAUCUACGCUUUUGUGGGGCAGAGAUUCAGGAAUUUAUUUCUAAGGAUCCUCCAAGAGUGGUUUCCUUGUUGCUUUGGUUCGUAUACAAGAGUCAAACACGAGCCGACAGAGAGGUGGGUCUCGGUGUACUCACGCUCCUCAGUUAAUACCAGCACAGAGUCCGUUCAGCCAUAAGGGCAAAAGUGCAGCAUGUAGUUUAAACACAGUUAUAAGCAGACAAAACUGAAACUGUAUUAAGGGGGAAAAAAAUUACUGGUUAGGUUUCUUUUUUUCCAGAAAAGGUUUUUGAGUGUUUUUUUUGCUUUUGUUCGUAUUUUUGCACAGAAUAUGAGACAUUAUUAACACAAAAUUAUCUUAAAACCUUAACUAAAAGUUAAUAUUUUUGUCAUUUAUUUGUCAGACUUACACAGUGAUGCAUAUACAGAGGCUUUAUUCUGUUUUCAAAGAAAAUAAAGGAAAUGAUAAGCAUUAAACUGUCUGUUUUUCCUUGUCAACCUUGUAGAUCAUGAUCACAUGACUAUUCAAUAGUAAAAUUUUAAUCCGGCAUGAAUUCCGGCUCGAAAUUCAUGGAACGAAACCCUGCAGACACACUAACUGAAAAGUGUAGCAUUACAGUUAACUGUAGUAAGACUUAAGCUUCCUAAAUGUAAGAAUUCACCCAUUUUUCCAUCCGUGACUAUCAGCACAUUGUGCCCUCCUACUGAAUUCCUUGAACAUGUCCUUGGCGGUCCCUUGACCAACAACGUCAGCCAUAUAAAAACUGGCUAAAUUACCAACAGUGUUCUUGUCAAUGCUGCAGCGCCUGCAGUGAAGACACUGUGCCUUAAAGGGGCAGGUGGUAAAAAAAUCAUCCUAAUGCACUAAAAUUUCACAACAGAAGUAACAGCUUUUAACACUGCGCUUAACCCUGGUUCUACAGCUAGAGGAACAUUUUACACUGGUGAUUUAGAAGAGGCUCUGAAGCUUUUGCAGUGUUAACCCCACAUUAAGGCACCAGU